AGUGCAGUCGUCUCGUUUCGGAAGAACUCUCACUCGUCCUCGAGCGCGUCGCGUCCGCGUAUAAUAUAAUAUUAUAUUAUUAUUAUUAUUAUUAUUAUUAUAUAUAUAUAUAUAUAUUUCUUUCGGUCGGCGUUUAGAAAGCAAUGGUUGUCUGCGCGGGCAGGACGAGUGCACGACCGAAGACGGCCGUGCUGCGACGAGACCACUACCGCUGUGGGUCGCGACCGUCAUCAUUGUUCGUGCCGACGUCGGACGGGAAUCGUUACUGAUACAGUUCGCUGGCAACGAGAUAGGUUCGCGGGACGUUGUAAGAACGAUAUUGCAAAUAAACGGCAUUCGUACGGCGAUGACGAACGGCCGUCGAGCAGUGUAGUGCGUUUCACUCGGGCAAAAGGUGGACGACCACAGUGGCGGCGACGAACGCCAGCGAGUAGUGCAAACGUCGAGUCCGCCAAAGAAUCUCGGAACACCUGACGACCGUGGCAAUGACUUCGGACCGGUGCAGGUGACCCGGUGUUGCGGGCGCAAUGGCCUCGUUGAUAACCGGCGCCAUCAAUAGCGCCGCAUGGACCGGGGCCGGGCUCAUACCCAUCGUGGUCGUCGGUCUGACGUAUCUCCGGUACUCCAUGUACGACCCCGAAUCCCGGGUCGUAGACGUUCACGAGGUGCUUGAUGAGUAUGACUUCAUUGUUGUCGGCGCAGGAUCAGCAGGGGCGGUGGUGGCCAACAGGUUGUCGGAGAUGCGAAACUGGACGGUGCUCCUGUUGGAAGCGGGAGGAGACGAAACGGAGAUAUCGGACGUGCCGUCAUUCGUCGGCUAUCUGCAACUGUCGGACUUGGACUGGCAGUACAAGACGGCUCCGCCAUCCAGCGACAACCCGUAUUGCCUGGCCAUGGUCCACGACAGAUGCAACUGGCCACGGGGCAAGGUUCUGGGUGGAUCCAGCGUGUUGAACGCCAUGGUGUACGUGCGAGGCAAUAGGCGCGACUACGACCAGUGGGCCAAGGCAGGAAAUCCGGGCUGGAGCUACAAGGACGUGCUACCAUACUUCCUCAAGUCCGAAGACAACCGGAACCCGUACCUGUCGCGCACGGAGUACCACGCGCGUGGAGGAUACCUGACCGUAUCGGAGGCCCCAUGGCGAACGCCACUAGCCUUGGCAUUCAUUGAGGCCGGACAGGAGUUGGGCUAUGAGAACCGUGACAUCAACGGCCGCUAUCAGAAUGGCUUCAUGUUCACGCAGACCACCACUCGGCGGGGUAGCCGGUGCAGCACGGCCAAGGCGUUCCUCCGACCCAUCCGGCUUCGGCCCAACAUUCAUGUUUCCAUGCACAGUCAGGUGACCAGAGUACUGUUCGAGAACACCGGUAAUGACCCCCGGGCCACUGGUAUCGUGUACCUGCGGAACGGUAAGCGGCGCAUGGUGGCCGCGCGCAAAGAAGUCGUGUUGGCGGCAGGUGCGAUCGGGUCGCCGCAGCUGCUGAUGGUGUCCGGGGUGGGGCCGGCCGACCAUCUGACCGAGCUGGGCAUCAAACCAGUGGUGAGGGAUCUGAAGGUGGGCCACAACUUGCAGGAUCAUGUGGGUCUGGGUGGGCUGACGUUCCUCAUCGACGACCCGAUCACGUUCAAAAAAUCUCGGUUCACCAACGCGCCCGUUGCCCUGGAUUACAUCAUGAACGAACGGGGUCCGCUGACGUCCAGCGGCGUCGAAGGGCUGGCGAGAAGAUGA